ACGGAUAUGACUUUCCAGAAAAUCUACUACUCACUGCGAGAUCUUUUUCCGAUGGUUGAUGAUCGAGCUCUUAGGGCUGUUGCCAUCGAUCAUAUCAACGAUGUUGAUGCGGCUGUUGAAGCAGUGCUUGAGGAGAUAAUUCCUUUCUUCACUAAAAGAUCUGCAUCAACUAGUCCUUUGACUUGGAGUGCUAUUGCGGGCGAAUCAUCAUACGGUAGCUCGUCUGUGAGAACAAAGUUCGCUGAUCAAGCUGAUGAUGAUCAUAGUUUUUUUGUUAGUGGAAAGAAAGAAUCUUCCGGUUGUGCUGAUGUUGGGCUAAGUGAAUCUGUUGGAGAUGCAAGUGCAGGGCAUCUUGAUGUGGAAACUCAUGAUGACAUUCAUUCUCAGGCUGAAUCACUGGUGGUGGUAGGUGAAACUAGAGGGGGAACUUGUUGUAUUGAAGUUUUGGAAGACUCUCAAACAGAGAGAACAAUUACAGCAGAAGAUGAGACUUCAUGUAGUAGUAAUGCACAACCGAAGAUGGAUUGCAUUCAGCAAAACAAAGAUGAUGCUGAUGGGAUUGCAUUAGAGGUGGAGGCGUCUGACAUCGAUGGGAGUGAUUUAGAUGAAUAUGAUGAGAGUGGCAUAGAUGAAUAUGAUGAGAAUGAAGAUGAAUAUGAUGAGAAUGGAGACGAAUAUGAUGAGAAUGAUUUAGAUGAAUAUGAUGAGAAUGAAGUUGAAUAUGAUGAGAAUGAUUUAGAUGAAUAUGAUGGGAAUGAAGAUGAAUAUGAUGAGAAUGAAGAUGACGAGAAUGAAGAGGAAUAUGAUGAGAAUGGAGACGAAUAUGAUGAGAAUGAUUUAGAUGAAUAUGAUGAUAAUGAAGAUGAAUAUGAUGAGAAUGAUUUAGAUGAAUAUGAUGGGAAUGAAGAUGAAUAUGAUGAGAAUGAAGAUGACGAGAAUGAAGAGGAAUAUGAUGAGAAUGAAGAUGACGAGAAUGAAGAGGAAUAUGAUGAGAAUGGAGACGAAUAUGAUGAGAAUGAUUUAGAUGAAUAUGAUGGGAAUGAAGAUGAUUAUGAUGAGAAUGAAGAUGACGAGAAUGAAGAGGAAUAUGAUGAGAAUGGAGACGAAUAUGAUGAGAAUGAUUUAGAUGAAUAUGAUGAGAAUGAAGAUGAAUAUGAUGGGAAUGAAGAUGGAUAUGAUGAGAAUGAUUUAGAUGAAUGUGAUGAGAAUGAAGAUGAAUAUAAUGGGAAUGAAGAUGAUGAAUAUGAUGAGAAUGAAGAUAAUGAAUAUGAUGAGAGUGAUUUAGAUGAAUCAAAUUUAUCCUCGUCUACUACUAACAGUACUUCCAGUGAGGAGCACCUGAUUGUUUUAGAUAAAUCAGAUUUAUCCUCGUCUACUGACAGGGCUUCCCGUGGGAAAAACAUGAGCAAUACUCUUGGAGCGGUGAAUGAAACAACCUUGAAUUCUUCCAUGUGUAGUCAACAUGGUACUAAUAUUGAUAACUUGGAGGAAAUCAUUGCAAAUGCAAGAAAUAAUAAGAAAACAUUGUUCAUGGAAAUGGAGUCUGUCAUCAACUUGAUGAAGCAAGUGGAGGUGAAGGAGCAUGCUGCAGAACAGGCCAAAACUGAAGCUGCAAGAGUGGAGAUGGAUUUGCAGAAUGAGAUUAAGGAGCUGAAAAUAACGAUCAAACAUGCGAAGGAGUCAAAUGACAUGCAUGCAGGGGAUGUUUGUGGUGAGAAGGUCAUCUUGACAACAGAGCUGAGAGACCUCCAUACUCGCUUGGUUUCCCUCUCGAAUGACAGGGAUAAAUCACUUGCAGAUCUUGAUGAGAUGCGUCAAUGUUUAGAGGUUCGACUAGCUGCUGCUGAGAAUGAAAUAGAAUCUGCAGUGGUGAAAAGAUUUGAGGAUGAAAAAUGUGGAAAGCUAUCCCUUAUUAAAGAGAAAUUAAUUAUGGAACAAGUGGUACAAGAAUCAAAGAACCUGAGACAACAGGCUGAAGAUAAUGCUAAGUUACAUGCGUUUCUCGUGGAUCGCGGGCAACUGGUAGAUACGUUACAGGGAGAAAUAGCUGUUAUAUGUCAGGAUGUGAAGCAGCUAAAGGAGAAAUUUGACCAGCGUCUUCCGCUUAGCAGAUCACUUUUCUCCACUCAGACGAGCUUCCUCUUAGCUUCUUCUAACUCAUCCUUGAAAAGCUCGGUCCAAGAUCAAGUGGAGGCCGUGGCAGUCAGAGAUGAUGACCGUUUGGAGACUGGAGAUCACAAAAAGGACCCUGAAGACGAACUAGCUAGUGCAGACCCCAAGGCGCUUGCAGAAGACGACGAUGGAUGGGUACUUUUUUGAAAGCCUAAUAGAGAGAAUAAUGUCCAUUCUCUCUAUACGUUUUAGUAGGACCUUGGCUCUUUUAAAACCAUCUUAUUUAAAAUCUUUCUAGCUAUCUGAAUGUUAGUAUUUUUUUAUUUUUGGAUUUUUGGCUUCUUAAAAUGUGAAUUAUCUCUGCUUUUCUUCUGUUUUGUGUCAAUUUGUUUCUGCAUCUACAUAUCCAAAUCCAAUUGAUAUUACAAAGUCAUCUCAAUCAGAACUCAGUAAAUAGUUAAAUGUAACUCAAAAUACUUAAAUUGUAACCAAAAUAUGGUUCCUUUUUUCUUUUACAUUGACAUAUAUAUGUAUGUCCAAGCCAUUUGGAUUACACAGCCUGCAUAGCUCAAGAAAGUAGCAACACAAUCUUGGUCAUGCUAAUUUGAUGCUCAAAACUAGUGUUAAUUUACGAAAAUCAAGAUCACAAAUAUGAGCCUUGAGAAAAAAAAAUAGUCAUAUGAUCUAAACCUAUUGUGUGUUGUGUAUAUUUGCAAGAACACAAACUCUUCAUUCAUGCCAACACAAUAGAAGCACUGUGCAUCUCCAUAUGAUGUAAAGGCGAGCCUUGUGUUCCCUCAUUUGCUUCGAACAACGUUGGACCGAUCUCUGCUUCAAGUUUCUUGAUGGGAAGACUGAAUAUGCAGCCAUGUUUGUGUCUGAAAAAAAGCCUUGAAUGAAGAAGUAAGAAGUUGAAGAUUCUUUAAGUUUUUUGCAAGUGGAAAUGAUGAGU